UUACCCAUGAGAAAAAAGCGGAAGUUAGAAGCUAGGACAACGGAUGCUGGAAUUUUAAGUUGACUCAUACUCACGGAGGAGGGAAUAGAAUGGGAGAACACUUGGUGGCGCGCUUGUGCUCAUACUGCACAGACGAAGAAGAUCGGCGACCUUCGGCCACCAAUCAGAACAGUGGAAGUGGAGAGACGCCGAAAUUUGAAAAGGCCCCGUAGCUCGGUUUUUUAAGGUAGCUAACAGGUUCGGGCGACAGCAGCUAAAUAUAAUGGACCCAUACAACGAAGAGGAUAUUAAAAUGUAUUUCUUUGAGAAUAGGUUAAAAACGUUUGAGGGAUGGCCUUUCGACGAAGACUGCAAAUGCACACCGGAAAACAUGGCCAAAGCUGGCUUCAUCCACACACCUUCAGAGAACAGCCCAGACACUGCCAUGUGUUUCUUUUGCCUCAAAGAGCUGGAGGGCUGGGAGCCGGAGGAUGACCCACAAAAGGAGCACAAAUCUCAUUCACCCUCCUGCCACUUCAUCGCCCUGAAGAAAAAGGUGGAAGAGCUGACUGUGGAGGAAUUCUUCAAACUGCAGAAAGAGAAGCAGAAGUUCAUCCUUAACAAAUCUUGUAACGAGAACAUCACCAAGUUUGAAGAGGCAGCCAAACUGAAACGAGCAGAUAUCAUCAAGAGGGCCACAGGAGAAGAGUGACACAGCAACACGUUCAGAUGAAUGACAUGAGCAUUGUGUGUGUGUGUGUGUGAGAGAGAGAGAGAGAAUAAUUGUUCCUGUCAAAUGAGUGACUUGUUAUUCACCAAUUUUUCAUGUUUCGUGGUUCCUUUGUGUGCCUUCAUGUCAUCUUUGUGUUGAUGAAUGUUUAUCUUUUUAUGUUUUCUUUUUAAUAAACUUUAUUUCUU